AUGCUCGAGAAGAUCAACAAGGAUUUCGAGAAGGGGAUUCGCCUGGGGAAUCGGCUUGGCGAAACGCCACAGGAGGAUUUUAUGUCAAGGCCAGAGUUUGUUCGACGCGACAACCGGCUGACCACUGCCCCGUCCAAAGCUGUGUCGGAAACCAAGACAAAGGCCGCCACACCUGCGGCCGGGAACGACAACAAAGUGGUCCAGCUGACCCCCACUCCUCAAGCGGAUCCCAAACCCGCCGAGAAGGGAAAGAAGAAGGUGGUUUCCAUCGCAGAGAAUCAGGCAACUGCGGACGACGAUCAGCCGGUGAAGCAUCAGAGGAAGAAGAAGCAAGCCCAGACUGCUCGCCUGAUGUAUCUCGGCGACCUCGAAGAGAAGGACGAGGAUGACAUGCGAAAGCUCUGGCAGCAGUGGAAGUCUCAGGACUUGGAAGGCAGCCUCGUCGCACCCCACGACUCCGAGGAGGAUCAAAACCCCAAGAACGACAUCCAAAAUGCUGUCGAGAAGCUGCGAACCGAAGCAGCUCGGAAGGCCGAAGCAGAGGACAGCGACGGCCCACAUGGCGACAAGGCUAUGGGAUUUCAAGUAGCCCAAGUAUCGGCACAAAACGACAGGUGCAAAAGCCAGACGCUGCGGCUCGAAGGAUCAAGCAGCCAUGAGCAGACCUCGGAUGUGGCGCUGAUGAAGCAAGAGUUCGAGCGCCGGGAACGGUCCCUCGUGCAGAUGCUUGAGCAGGCCCGUCUUGGGCAGGAAGAGGAGCAAAGAACGGCAGACAUGCAGAUGGCCUUAAAGCUGAAGAGGCAAGAGGAGCUCCUUCAAGCGUCCGAAGCGAAGGUAUCGUCGCUGGAGGAAAGUGCGAAGCGCCAAGAGGAGCUGUACGAGAGGCAUGUCGGCCAGAUGACUCAGCAAAUCCGGACCAUUCAGGAGAGCUUCCGCAAGCAGCUGGAGGUGGCGCAAGCCGAGAACGACGAGCAGCUGCAGGCUGCCGUGGCCAAGCUGGCAGAAGUUGAGAAGAAUACCAAGGCCGAGAGGGAACAGGUCAGAGCAGAGCACGAUCAGGAGAAGGAAGAGCAGGCAGCCAAGCUGGCACAGGCAGAUGAGUUGAUCGACAAAGUCGCGGGAUUGACCCGUGAGAUCGAGGAGCUCAGAAAACAGCUCCUGCAGGCCCGGAUGAAGCUCCUUGACAGGCCAGUCGUCUCGGCCCAACCUCGUCUCAGUGCUCCUCAGCCCAAGGGGAGGCGCAGAUUGGAGACGGAUCCGCAGGCUGCAGCUGUGGCCCGGCGCAAGUCGGUUCGGAUGUCCUUGUUACCGCCCAAUCUGCUCGAAAAGAAGAGCGAGAAGGAGCUUUCCCGUGAAGUUGCAAGGAGUAGGCCACCGGCGGAUCGCAGGGCUACGUUGGCAGUAAAUCGAGGUGAGAACAUUGCCGAUUUGGCAGAUUUCGAGGAGCACCUCCGAAUGAGAGUUCGAUGCAGUGUCCGCCCUGUUCCAGCAACAGCAGUUCCCAGCAAAGCGCGGCUAUUGCGGCCCACUUUGCAAGAGAACGGCCAGACCAACACGGCCGAUGUUGGGCUGUGGAGGAGAAUCGAGCGAGCAGGCGACACUGGCGUGCCCACAAUGAAGCCUUCCGAUGGUGCAGUCACAGUCCUGUGCUUCCGCGAAGCACUCAAGGACGAUACUCACGAGAUCUUGGCGGUGGGCUGCAAAAACGGUGCACUGUCCAUUUACCGCAUCCGGCGGACGGCCUUGGAGCGCGGAGCAUCAGACGCCGCGACGGACGGAGAAGAUAUAGAGGUCGUGGCGCAGCGCCCCGCCCACGCCAAGGCGAUCAUGUCCAUGUGUUUUGGAGCCGGUGGCGAUCACGUUGUUACGAGUUCCUCGGACCGCACCGUGCGGGUCUUCAGCAUCCAGCAGAGGGAGUUCUUGGAGAACAUGACCAUCGAAGACACAGCCUGGGUCGUUUGCGUGGUGAGCUUGCCGAAACCUGCCGGCGCAUUCAUCACGGCCAAUGCCAAUGCUGUGCUCCAGCUCCGUGGUUCCAGCGUGAAGCAGCAGAAGGUUAGACUCGACCACUACGCGCGGUCGAUGGUGCUCGUGAGCGAUGGCAAGCGCCUGCUGGUGGGAACGAGCCGUGGUCGCAUCCACGCCUUCGACGUGACCCCACAGGGCCUCGAGAGGCUCGAAAGCCAACAGAUUGGGAACACCGCCCUGACCUGUUUGACGCCGGCGCCUUGUGCGGAUGCCCCGCCCUUGCUGGCGGCCAACUGCAUGGCCCAAAACAAUGCCAUGGACAACACAGUCUGCAUCCUCCAGGCAAACAAGACCAUCACGAAUUUCACGGUGCUCAAGCGCUUCGCCAACCCUCACAGGCUGCUGCCCCUUCGGUCCUGCCACGUCCCUGGUUGCGCUGAUACGGGCGAGGACGUUCUGAGUGCGGGCUUCCUGGCCACGGGGGCAGAAGAUGGUUUCGUGCGUGUGUUCGACCUGGAAG